ACACACACACACUCACACACACACACACUCUCUCACACACACACACACUCACACACAACAGGGCGAAUGGGAACAACUUUAAUGUUGGUCUUCUACGGUAACGGGGCGUUUAGGUGACGUGCAGCAGCCGGAUUUACACCGCAUUUCCCCGUCGGGAUCUGAAGCUCUGCAGGCCUCCGGACCCGUACUGCAGUGACAUACACACACACACACACACACAUAUAUAUACACACAUACACACACACAUAUAUAUACACACAUACACACGCGCAUGCUGAGAUCGGUCGCGUUACCGCGUUUAUUCUGUGUGACUCUUAAACCGCGUGUUUUGGCGUCGCCGCGCGCGCACCGAGCUGCCUGGCACACCGCGGGCACCGGCCGGCCUGAGACCCGGAGCUCCAGCCCGAUCAGCGCGAGGCCUGAGAUUUCCGUGGUGGUGCCGGCCGUAGCGCCAUGGCUCAGACCCUUCAGAUGGCGAUCCCCAACUUUGGCAAUAACGUACUGGAGUGUCUGAACGAGCAGCGGCUGCAGGGCCUGUACUGUGACGUGUCUGUGGUGGUGAAAGGCCAUGCCUUCAAGGCACAUCGGGCCGUACUGGCAGCCAGCAGCGCAUACUUCCGCGACCUCUUCAACAGUGGCGCCGGCAGCAAAGCCCCGGCCGUGGUGGAGCUGCCGCCUGCCGUACAGCCUCAGAGCUUCCAGCAGAUCCUGUCCUUUUGCUACACGGGCCGCCUCAGCAUGAACGUAGGAGAUCAGUUCCUGCUCAUGUACACUGCUGGUUUCUUGCAGAUCCAGCAGAUCAUGGAGAAAGGCACAGAGUUCUUCCUGAAGGUCAGCUCACCCAGCUGUGACUCACAGGGUCUCCACGUCGAGGAGACGCCACCAUCCGAGCCUCAAAGUCCUGUUACUCAGACGACCAUCGGCGUCUCCGCCAACGGCGGAGGGGGAGGGGUGGUGGCCACAGCCACCAGUCGCCCCGCCUCCUGCCUCACCCCACUGCCUCUGGUGUCCCGAGUAAAGGCAGAGCAGCCUGAGGUCUCGCCCUACUCUGUGGUCUGCACUCCUGUGGCGAAGCGUCUUUGGGAGGGUGGGAGUCGAGACGGUACCGGAGCGUCUGGAGGAUCUGGUGGGCGCAAAGCAGCACGUUUUUCCCAAGAGAUGGCACGCGGUAGCGCAAUCCAGCCACAGGGACUGUCUGUAGGAUUGGCUGUGGCUCCUGGAGGCCAUGCUGCCAAUGCUAACGGCAGCGGUAAUGGAUCCAGCAGCAGUGCCACUCCUGAGGGCACAAGCCCCGGGACCGUGAGCGCCUACGCCAGCGACUCGCCUAUCUCUUAUCAUGAUGAUGAGGAGGAGGAAGAGGCGGUGGAGGACGGGGCUGAGGAACAGUACAGGCAGAUCUGUAACAUGUACACCAUGUACAGCAUGCUCAACAUGGGCGCCACAGCGGGCGAGCGAGUAGAGGCUCUGCCGGACCACUCAGAGACUCGAAGUCGGAUGCGUGGACGUCAGGACCUGGCGUCUCUCCCUGCAGAGCUUAUCGCUCAGAUUGGAAAUCGCUGCCACCCCAAACUGUAUGAGGAGGGCGACCCGGCCGAGAAACUGGAGCUGGUAACAGGAACUGGUGUCUUCAUCUCCAGAGCUCAGCUGAUGAAUUGUCAUGUCAGUGCAGGAACCCGACACAAAGUCCUACUGAGGAGACUGCUGGCUGCGUUCUUUGACAGGAGCACUCUAGCGAACAGCUGUGGGACGGGGAUUCGCUCCUCAACUAAUGACCCAAGUCGUAAACCUCUGGACAGUCGCGUCCUCCACGCUGUUAAAUAUUACUGCCAGAACUUUGCUACAAGCUUUAAGGAGAGUGAGAUGAACGCCAUAGCAGCAGACAUGUGCACUAACGCUCGGCGUGUGGUGAGGAAGAGCUGGAUCCCUAAACUGAAGUUGCUGAUGGCGGAGAGUGACGCUUACGCAGGCUUCCUCCCCGAUGCCGUAAAGAUGGAGGCUGAGGCUCUCGGAGCCGACUCUGCCUUCGAGGCGGCCGAUCUAGAGGGCGGAGCCUCUCUGGAGACCACUCCCUCGUCUGGAGAAUCACUGCAGGGCGUGGCUGGAGAUGCCAGCACUCUGUUUCAGUGAGUGGGCCUAGCUGAAGAAGCCCAGGUGUUGGCCUUGCAUCCCGUCUACACGACUCUGUAGGUUGUGCUUUAACUCAGACGCUUUCACUUCUUUCUUUUUCUGGUUUUUCCCCAAAUAACAAUUUUUUUGCACAAAAGCUCAUCCUUUUCUUCACGCUUUAUAAAUCUGUAUAUCAUUAGAAACUGAUUUGUUUUGUAGUUUGCCUCCAUAUCUUACACACACACACACACACACACACACACACACACACUCUUCCCCCAUCAACACUGUAGUCGAUUAGUUGAAUGUAAACCUCUACAGCACCAAACACUGGUGUAGAGACUCACCGAUUGUAUUUAGGCCGAGAGAGUCGUAGUCACUGUAGAGAGACAGACAGACAGACAGACAGACAGACAGACUUGUAGGUGGUUCCUUUGUACACAAUUUGGAGAGAAUUUAUUUUCCUCCUCCACUUUUCCUCUAAAUUUCUGAGAUUGAAUGCAGAAAAAGAAUUCUGUCCUUUGUUUCUCUCUCUCACAAACACACACACACACACACACACACACACACACACACACAAACACCUGUGUGUUAUUUGUCCUGAGUGUGUGGUGGCUGUCGUAUGAUCUCAGGCUUAGAGUGAAGCAAACAAGUUUUUAUUUUCAAGAAUAUUUAUCUUUAUUCGUUUUUUAAUUAGAGAGAUUGUUUAAAACUUUUCUCUUUUGUUGUAACUGAGGUGUUGAAGACGUGCUUUGCUGUAAGGUUUUGGGAGGUGAAGAGAAAUUAUUUUUACAUACUGAUGUCUUUUACAAAGACUGGUGCUUGUACCUGAUUGGCUGUGAAAUGGCUCCUCUGGUGGCUCGGCUUAAUCUGACUCGGUUUGUGACUCACACACUGUUUGUCUUUAACACACCCUCGUCUACUUCCCCGAAUCCCUCUGACUCACACAACACCAUCACUACACAUUCACUGCAGCUCUCGUGAUGUGUGUUGUGAUGUGUGUGAGGUUUGUGUCCUUUACUCAGUCUACUGAGUCAUCUGUUUGAUUCACUCUGAAUCACUUUCAAUGAAAACUAAUUGACUUCUGAAGCUAAAUCUAAUAACAGCAACUGAGAUGAAGAUAAGCUGAAAGUCAGUCAUGUUUCUUAUAGCUUCAGAAGCUCCGCCUUCUCACACCACCAAUCAGGUGAUCCAGGUGUCCUUUGUGGGUGUGGCUUUGGACAAAUGACCCUGAUGCUUCAGUUAGCCUCCUCCACCUAAACCACUGAUUGCACCUUUAAUUAUUUUGUUAAUUAUUCCUUUUUAAUUGUUUUGUUCCCGUGUUAAAGUUUUAGUAAAAUAUUAGAUUGUUUUUUUUCCUUACAAAUUCCACCUGAAGGUGUGUGUGUGUGUGUGUGUGUGUGUGUGUGUGUGUGUGUGUGUGUGUGUGUGUGUGAGAGAGAGAGAGACCCUGUUUGGCCUCCUAGCCCUGUGUACAUAAACACACACAUGUAGGUUUGGCCUGGGGGAGGGGAAGGCCAUGCUUCCUUUUGUUAUGAUCACCCUGCUGUCUUAAAGACAAGGUGAUUGAGUUUGUGUGUGUGUGUGUGUGUGUGUGUGUGUGUGUGUGUGUGUGUGUGAGAAAGAGAGAGAAAGUGUGAGUUGGGGGUUUACAGUGUCUGGGUCCCAGGAGACAGAAUGGUGUGUAUGUGAUUGAACUGCUCUGUAUAUCCCUGUUUGGGCAGCUGUGUGUGUGUGUGUGUGUGUGUGUGUGUGUGUGUGUGUGUGUGUGUGUGUGUGCAUUCUUUGCACAUAGUUGGCUUUGUGUGCUUGCAUGAGGGUGAUGCCUGAUUGAGAUUUAAGGUGUGUUUGUUUUCGUGUGUGUGUGUGUGUGUGUGUGUGUGUGUGUGUGUGUGGCACUGGGCAGGGCUUUUUGGAAGUGUUACAGUUGAAAGCUUUUUGCCUUUGCAUAGCAGUGAUGUCUUAAAUUUCCUCAAGGAGCAGAGCUGCAGCGCUCCGUCACGCCGUCCAGCUUCACUUCACUCUGGAACUCAUUGUGUAAUGUGAACGUUCGCCGUAGUCAGUGUUUAUCAUGUGGACACAUACACAAUCAUUCAUAGUCGACUGUCUGUGUGAUUAAUAUAAUGAUCAAAAGGAUUAAGGUCAAAAAUGAGGGAUUUGAAAAAAUAAAAUAAUGAAUGGAAAAAAAUGAGAAACAGAAUCAGACGUUCGGAGCAGAAAACGACACGGUUUGUGUUUCUCAGUAGAAGAUUUCAGCUGCUAUUAUAAUUGUGAACAGGAACGAAGUUCUAGUUCAGAUAAAGAAAUAAUUUCUUCUAUAUACAGAUUUCAGUAUGUGUUUGUGUGUGUGUGUGUGUGUGUGUGAGAGAGAGAGAUUGCAGUGUUUAAACACACUAAACACACUUCAGCCAUGACAAUAAUCUACUUCAGGUUACAAUAAUAAUAAAUAAUCAACAGUUUGACUUUAACACUGAAGGUCAUUAAAUCAAAUCUUUUCGGAGUGUGUGGAGACGUCAGAGACGUCAGAGACGUCAGAGACGUCAGAGACGUCAGAGACGUCAGAGACGUCAGAGACGUCAGAGACAUCAGAGACGUCAGAGACAUCAGAGACGACUCGUCUGCAGCUCUGUGCUUUGGCUCAGUUUAGUAAAACAAUCUGCAACUCAAACACAGUUUCAUCAGUAAAGAUUUAAAAGGUCGAAACAUUUCAGUUAAAGAUUUUAGACCUUUAUUCUGAAAUAUAAUCGAACACGAACAUUAAAUGGAAAAAAUAUCAAGAAUUUCUUGAGUAAAAUAAAAUGGAUUGUUUUUAAAGUAGUGAUGUUUGGGUUAGAGAAAUGUUCUAAUCCCACCCAUUCUGAGCAGACUGUGGGGUGCCAAUACAAUUGCAUGCUCAGUAAACUGAUCAGCGAGUGAAUCAGUGACCAAUAAUUAUUCAUUUACAAUGUGAUUUUCCCCAAAAAACUUUAUUGAACAAAUAUAAAAAGUCUCCAAACUACCUGUUAGUGGUGUGUGUUAGUGACCGAGGUACGUGGAGCAUCGCACCUUCUUUUUGUAGGAGACCGGAGUUUGUGCACCUUUUAGUGUGUGUGUGUGUGUGUGUGUGUGUGUGUGGGGUUGGGGUGCUAUGGGGUUUUAAUCUUGCCCUUGAUGUAAAUAUUAAUGAGACUGUUGAGAUAUUGUUGCUGUGGGGGUCCCCUAACACCCCCCCCCAUCAGAGCUUUUCACAUUUUGCUUUUUAGUGUUUUUUUCUUCUUCGUUUUUCUGCGUCAGUUUAACUCGAGCUUCCCAGAUCAGAUUUUAGUCCUGAAAGUAAGACUGUACAGUAAUGGGGAAUAGAAUAGUGCAGAUGUUUUUGUUUUUGUUGUUUUAACAGUUUAAAUAUUUGAUCUGUAUCUAAUCCACCGUGAGCGAGGAGUCGAGUGUUUUAUAGGAAAAGCAGAAACUUUCAGCUGUUUGGGAUUUUUUUAAUCAUUUUGAUAAUUUUAAGGAUCAGAGGCUGUGUUUCUGUUUCUGUGGCUUCCAUUUUGAUUCUCACACACACACACACACACACACACACACACACACACACACACACACACACACACACACACACACACACACACCUUGCUGUACAGUCUUGUGCACUACACACAGUGGACUCCAGAGGGCGCUGUGUUCACUUUAAUUCGUUAACAGCCGUUACACAGAGGAACACAUUUUAGACUUUGUUUACAUUUAUUUUGAGGAAAAAAACAAUGUUCUUCAUUUAUUUUAGUUUUGUAAAGUUGCCUAAAGAGUGUGUUUUUAUAUGACAGAGGGACCAGAGUCGGGCCGAGCAGACGUGUCAUUUUAUUACUUUAUUGUUUUUACUGUCUGUUGAAGUCUCUGUGCCUAAAAAUGCACCUUUUUAAGGGGGGGAGGGGGGAUUUGAUUUUAUUGUAAUGUUCUUGAUCCACGGCACCUUGAUGACGGCGUCUGCGAGGCCGGAGACUGAAACAGUGUGAGAGUUUACUGACCCUUAAUCAUUGUGUUCUAAACCCCGCCCCCUUUUUCAAAUCCAUUCUGGGCUGCUGUGCAUUCUGGGACAGCAACCGAGGACUGAGUGGUGUGUUUAUCAUAUCAAUCAGUACACACACACACACACACACACACACACACACACCUCUCUGCAGUACCUCUUCUGUUCCCGUUACCUCAGAAUCCUGCCUUUAACCAGUUUUCCUCAGCGUGCAGUGUGAUGAAAGUCAGUGUUGAGCUCCACAUAACUGACCUUUUGUAUAAAAAAAAAAAAAAAAAAAAACGUAAAAAUAAAUCUGCUGGGUGGUGAAGAAGAGGAUCAUGUUGAGAUUUAGGGAUCACUGAUGAUUUCAUCUGCACACAAGCAGGAGUGUAAAACAUUUUUCUAAACAGACAUAAAAUCGAUGCGUGUUCACUUUCUAUACCUACAGAUCUGUACAAUAGAGAAUGAUCCAUACAUAUAAACAUACAGAAAUAUAUCUAUAUCUAUAUCAACAUCCUGUACGUUCUGUAGAAGCACUAAUGAGAUUUGUUCGUCGUGCACUCACAGCAUGAGAUGUAACCCAGAAGCUGCUUCCAGUCCAGUCUGCCCCCCCCCCGCCCCCCGUCCCUGUAAUGCCCAUGUCCCAUCACAACAUUCAGUCUGUGUUCAGAGUGCCAAUAACUUUGUGAAUCCCUAACUGUGACCCGAUAUUAUCAAAGUAUAAUUGCACAUUAACUACUGUAAAGGAAAAAAACAACAUUGAAAACAUCUGUAUAUCUUAAUAAAAACGUUUGUAACAAA